UCACUUGACCACUAGGUGUCACCCUCGUGUCACGCAGCAGCCAUUGUCACAUAACAGAGUGGUGACGUUGGAUGUCAACAUUAAGCAAAUUUCGUGCGGCUGACCAAUCAGCGUUAAGAUGGAUAGACUCUUUGUAAAGAUGGCGACAGUGAGGCUCAGUGGAGUAAAAACUGGACGCUUAUCUCUUAAUGAACACCACUGGUCCAGACAGCGUAACAACUGACAAAGCUCGGGGAGCAAAGCGGAUUGGCCAGCAUACUGGUACAGCGGGCACAAUUUAGCGUUGCACGGUGUCGCGACGGGCCUCGCCGCUUUUGUUUUCGGGGACACCGCGCACCGCUCGCUAGCUUUAAGUUUGAAAAUCCAAUGCUAGCCCGGGGCUAGCCGUGGAGCUCAGUCGGCUGCUUUGGUAUUUCUGUAUGGAAUCUGUGGAUUAAACCUGCCCAGCGCCAUCACCGGGCUCUUUAGUAGUGUUUUUGUCUCGACGAAAGCACUAUGAGUCGCCCGUAGAGGCAACUACCGAGGAUCUGGAUUGCUGCGCUGCCUGCUCGAACUAAAGAGCGCCGUCAUGUAUUUUCUAACCGGUUGGCCCCGGAGGUUGCUUUGUCCGCUGAGGAGCGAAGAGGAGCCUUUCCAGAUCCAGCCCAGCUCUCAGAGGUUUUACUUCGCCCUGGUGUCAGAAACCCAGAUCAGCAUCUGGUUCAGCCGGCCCAGUGUUUUAAUAGUCAGUUAUAUCGAGUCAGUGAAGGCUGCGGCCCAGUUUGGCAUCUACCAGAAAGCAGAAUGGAAACCAGACGACUCCAUGAUUGCUGUGGCAACUGCUAAAGGCUACAUCCUCCUGUUUGACGUUCUUGGUGGAGGGGAUGAAAGGAACCUGUAUGAGCCCGUUUAUCCAAAAGGAAGCCCUCGCGUGAAGGUGACCCCGGGUUAUAAGGAGGAGCAAUGUGCCCCCGCGCUCUCUUUAGAGAUGAAGAAGCCGGUGGAUCUCGAGGCUCCUAUUACCAGUCUGCAGUCCCUCCAAGAGAACCUUCUGGUUUGUACUGCAGAUGGGUACCUCCAUGUUUUGCACUGGGAUGGACAGGGCAGCAACGGCCGCAAGGCCAUUUGCCUGUCUACAAUCCCCCUUUCCUUAGAUCUGCAGUCUGCAAGAGCCGGUCCAUCUCUGGAUCUGGAGGGAGUUUAUAUUCGCUGCAUGGAGUACUGCGUGACCCUGGACGGCUUCGCUGUGGUUCUCAGUGACGGGCGGCUGGGCUUCAUCACACCUCUGAGCAACACCAUCAUCGCUGAUCAGCUGCAGGGCGUCUGGGCAGCAGACGUGAGUGACGGCACCUGCGUGGCUGUCAACAACAAGUACAGACUGAUGGCUUUUGGCUGCGCCAGUGGCUCUGUGUUGGUCUACAUGAUUGACACCACAACGGGAUCCAUGCAGCUGUCCCACAAACUGGAGCUCACACCCAAACAUUACCCAGAUAUCUAUAACAAGACGGGUGCUGUUAAGGUAAUCUGCUGGUCACCUGACUGCAGCGUUGCCAUGGUAACAUGGGAAUGUGGUGGCCUGUCGUUGUGGAGUGUGUUUGGAGCGCACCUCAUCUGCACUCUGGGAGAGGACUUUGCGCAUCGUUCUGAUGGUACCAAAAAGGAGCCACUUAGGAUAAGCUCUAUGAGCUGGGGAGCAGAGGGCUACCAUUUGUGGGUUCUUCCUAGCAAUCAGGCGAGGAGAAGAAAAGAAGAACACAGCAUGGAGGAGGAUUCACCUCCUCAUCCUUUCCUGCGGGCUGGAAUACUGCAGUUCCACUUCAUUAAGAGUGCACUCACAGUCAACCCAUGCACGAGCAACCAGGAGCAUGUGUUACUCCACGGCGAAGACCGCCUCUACCUGACCUGUGGUGACCCCACACAGAUCCACAGCACCUCCGACGCACACCCCCGGGCUCAUCUGCACCCGCACGACGGCAGCCCGCUGCACCAGCCCGCCCACCCCGACUCCUCUCUAUCUCAGGGACUCAGCACUUUAUUAGGACACAAGCAUUGGCACGUGGUCCAGAUUCACAGCACAUACUUGGAGAGUAACUGGCCUAUUCGGUUUGCAGCCAUAGACACAGCAGGCCAGUGCAUGGCUGUGGCAGGAAGGCGAGGAUUUGCACAUUACUCUUUAUUCACCAGGAAAUGGAAGCUGUUUGGGAACAUCACUCAGGAACAGAACAUGACGGUGACCGGAGGUCUGGCUUGGUGGAAUGAUUUUGUGGUGGUGGCCUGCUAUAACUUCACAGACCAGCAAGAGCAGUUGAGACUCUAUCAACGCUCGUCCAACCUGGACAACGCCUUUGCCUCGGUCACAAAGCUGCACGCAGACACUCUGUUGCUCAACGUCUUCAGAGACAUGAUCAUCCUCUUCAGGGCCGACUGCUCGAUUUGCCUCUACAGCAUAGAGAAGAGGAAUGAGGGUAUUAACCAGUCAGCCAGUGUGGAGUUGCUCCAGGAGGUGUCGAUGUCUCGGUACAUUCCUCACCCAGCGUUGGUGGUCUCUGUCACUCUCACGUCUGUGCGCACAGAGACAGGGAUCACGUUGAAAGCCCCACAGCAGGCCUGCACGGCAGAGAGCAUCAUGUUGAAUCUGGCUGGCCAGUUGAUCAUGCUGCAGAGGGACCGCUCGGGACCGCAGGUACGAGAGAAAGAGACCCCGGCGAUCAACAAGAAGCUGCUACCGUUCUCUCCUCCUGUGGUGCUGGCUCAGUGUGUGGAAAACGUGUGGACCACCUGUCGCUCCAACAAGAAGAAGCGCCACCUGCUGGAGGCUCUGUGGUUGUCUUGCGGAGAAGCGGGGAUGAAAGUGUGGCUGCCGCUGUUCCCCCGAGACCAUCGCAAGCCGCACUCGUUCCUCUCCAGAAGGAUUAUGCUGCCCUUCCACAUCAACAUCUAUCCUUUAGCCGUGCUGUUUGAGGACGCUCUGGUGCUGGGGGCAACUAACGAGACUGUGCUGUAUGACGGGCUGCAGGGAUCCUCUGAGCCACUAGAGGCGCUGUUCCCUUACUGCACAGUGGAGAGGACUUCCCAAAUCUACCUCCAUCACAUCCUGAGGCAGCUGCUGGUUCGCAACCUUGGUGAACAGGCUUUGAUGCUGGCUCAGUCCUGUGCGUCUCUGCCCUACUUCCCUCACGUCAUGGAGCUGAUGGUUCACGUUGUCCUGGAAGAAGAAGCAACGUCACGGGAGCCGAUACCCGAUCCCCUGCUCCCCACUGUGGCUAAGUUCAUCACAGAGUUCCCCCUCUUCCUGCAAACUAUCGUUCACUGUGCCAGGAAGACUGAGUACGCGCUGUGGAACUACCUGUUCGCCGCGGUGGGAAACCCCAAAGAUCUGUUCGAGGAGUGCCUCAUGGCUCAAGACCUGGACACAGCUGCUUCCUAUCUGAUCAUCCUGCAGAACAUGGAGGUUCCAGCAGUGAGCAGACAGCACGCCACUCUUCUCUUCAACACCGCACUCGAGAAAGGAAAAUGGGAUCUCUGUCGGCACAUGAUCCGAUUCCUCAAAGCCAUCGGCUCAGGAGAGAUGGAUACUCCUCCUCCAACACCCUCUACUCAGGAACCCAGCUCUACCGGAGCCUUUGAGUUCUUCAGAAAUCGCAGCAUCAGCUUGUCUCAGUCAGCAGAUUCCAUCUCAACUGGGAAGUUCAACCUGCAGAAGACUUUCAGCAUGCCCACUGGGUCUUCUGCCAAAGGUGCGGACUGCGCUGAAAACAUGUACAUCGACAUGAUGCUGUGGCGUCACGCCCGCCACCUCCUGGAGCAGGUCCGCCUCCGGGACCUGGGAUGCUUCUCAGCUCAGCUGGGCUUCGAGCUCAUCGGCUGGUUAUGCCGCGAGCGAAACCGCGUGGCUCGAGUGGAGGAUUUCGUUGCGGCUUUGAAAAAACUUCACGAAGAUUUCCUGUGGCCGUUCCCCGUUAUUCCUGUGGGAAGCCUCAGUUCCCCGCUGAAGAACGGACGCUGCCGACCAGUGCUGAGCACACAGCUGCUGAAGUCUCAGUCUGCAGACAGCCUCCUGAACAGUGACAUGGACACAGCGCCCCCUCUGGCAGUUCCUAUAAACCAUACCUGGACUGACAGCCUGGGGCAGAGGUCCAAAGACACGGACACAGCUUCGUCUGCCCACUCCAACCCAAACCCUCCACAGACGUACGAUGCCUUCCUGUCGCUGGUCACCAACAAAGUGGAGGAGUACAGCAUCGGCUCAGCCACAGACCUGACAGAGACCAGCUCCAUGGUGGACGGCGACUGGAUGAUGGUCGACGAGAACUCCUCCACGUUGAGUUUGAGCCAGGCGGAGCUGGAGCACAUCUCCAUGGAGCUGGCCAACAAGGGGCCGCACAAGUCUCAGGUGCAGCUCAGGUACCUCCUCCAUGUGUUCAUGGAGGCGGGCUGUUUGGAGUGGUGUGUCGUAAUUGGUUUGAUUCUGCGAGACACAAACGUCAUCAAACAGGUGAUCAGUUUUCUGGACAACCCAGAGGUACCUGCAGAAACUGUGCAAAGCAUCCGGAAAGGCUUGCUGGCCGUGGACGCGUGGGCCUCCUCUGACAGUCUGGGAUACAAACCGUUUCUGAACCUGAUCCAGCCGCAGCUGCAGCACCUGAUGGAGUCGACGUCUGAGCAGGUGCAGCCUGAAGCUUUCCAACCUGCCACCCAGAGCUCCAAACUCAGCGGUCCCGAGGGGCUGGGAGGAGCCGCCGCACCUCGGGCCGAGGACAGCAGAGGAGGAGCAGCCCCUCUAGGGCUGGCCCUGCCCACCCUGGAACCGGCAGGAGGUUAUAACCGUGCCCCUUCAGAGGGCUGUCCGUCUGAGCAGUCGGAGGUGCAGGGAGAUGAGGAGGGAACCUACGACUGCACCUUGUCCUGAACGCUAGGGCUGCAACGAUGUGACAGGACUGUGUGAAUGUGUUUGUGUGGCUCCUUCCUUGCAGCUCCUUCCUUCACCUCAGUAUUAUCUUCAUUCUGGCCCUUUGUUGUCAAGUUAAAGCCCUGUGGAUUCCCAGCAUCCCUCCCGUCUGUCCCACUGAUCGGGUGGUGGGCUCGUUUAGUGGGUUUUUAGUUCUCCAUUAGGUAUUUGAAAGCUGCUGAGCAGCAAAUAAAAACACCGGGAUCUAUUUUUUUUCUUUUAUGUCCUAAACUUUAUAGUUUCAUCAAAUAAUACAAAGAGGUGAUCUCAAAGAGCAUUGCCGUAGAACAAAGCUUCAUUAGAAGAGUGUCUGAGCCUGAAACCAACAAGCACAAGAGGUGUUUUUGUACUUCAGUACCUCAUGGUUUUACAAUAUUUUUAUACCUUUUCAAUAUUGUAAGGCUGUUUUUUUUUUCCUAUCAACUCUCGGUUUUCUCUGUAAAAACUGUUCAUUCUUUUGCAACACUAUAAAGGACACAGGAGUUUAUGUGAGGAAAAACAGUUCAGACCUUUUUAUUUUUUGUCACUUAGCAUAUUCUGAACGUUCAUUAACGCCAUUUGGAGGAGUUUUUGGACCUAUUCCACACUCAACAUUUGAAGUUCUAAUUGAUCUGUUGUCUUCUGACAGCUGCUUCUCAUUCAGUGCACAGGCCGAGCGUCUGCGUGGCUUUCUUGUAUUCAUGUGUCGGAUCACCUGCCGUUGAUUUUCCUUGUAUUAUUCCUUAUUUAUUGGCACAAUAGCUGAGUGACAAACUUAGAAAUUAUGAAUUCAGAUUUGAGUUUUUGUGACUGACAACGACCCUUCCCCAGCUUUUGUCCAUUGAAAAGGGGUUGGUUUUGUUUCUCAAGCGCUGACGGGUGUGUCUGAUGCAUCAGUAUUAUAUCGUGAAAUGCAUGUGAAAUGUUACUCGAGCUUUAUGUUUUUAUGUCGACUCAUCUCUUACUGCUGACCAAAACACUUUUUCUUUUUUUCUGGCUGAGUGUCUUUUAGGCUAAAACGGUUCCUGAAUGUCUUUUAGUGUCUCGGGAGCAUCACUAAUUCUGGAGCCGCCUCCACCACCACCACCCCCCUCCGAACAAGCCUGCAGCCACACUACGCCGCUCCACGGCGAGCUUUACUUGACUUGAAAACGGUAACUUGACGAACCAAAGACGUAAACGUCCAGAGGCCUUCUGUUGAAACUCGACUGAACGGUUAAGUCGGAGAGAACAAACCCUCGCCCUCCUUCUGAACUUAUGCUCACGGCAUACAAGACAGUUUCCUACGGAAAUGAAUAAUGCGGAUCUAUCUCUGCGGGGGGGAGGAGUCAGGAGUGCAUCAUGGCGCUCCCUCCCUGAUGUGUACAAUGUUAAAGUAUUGCCUGUUUACUCGGCAGGCAUCGUCAAUGCAGUGUAAAGCUACUCUCUUGUACAUUUGCCUUUUCUACUCAUAUUUGGUUUUCUACUUCAUUUUUUUCCCCGUGUACAUAAAAUCCAAUAAAUUAUUUUUAAAAUGUAAA